UCCGCCCGUUCACAUAGUUAUGGAUUCAAUAUGGCUGACGAUACACGUAAAGUCCGUGUCGAGGAGCAACUGAAGAUCAAAAUAGGAGAAGCGAAAAGUCUUGUGGGACGCAGCAAUGGCGGAACCGGGUCGAAGGAGAACCGCGACGUCUACUGUACGAUCGCGCUCGACCAGGAGGAGAUCUGCCGGACACCGACCAUCGAGCGGACGCUGUCGCCGUUCUUCGGCGAGGAGUACCAGUUCGAGAUACCGCGCACGUUCCGCUAUCUCUCGGUGUACGUGUGGGACCGGGACCGGCACUUGAAGCAGGACAAACCGUACGGCAAGAUAGCGAUCCGGCGCCAGGAUCUGCACCAGUACAACCACAAGGACCACUGGUUCCCGUUGCGCCCGGUCGACGAGGACUCGGAGGUGCAGGGCAUGGCCCACCUGCUGGUCACGAUCGACGACGGGAUCGGUGUCCUGAAGCAUCAUCAUGGCGAGUUCGAGGACUAUCGCUACUGCACGCAACCGACGGCGACGACGACACUGACGCGAUUGCAUCAUCAGCAGCAGCUGAAUCAGCACAAUCUGUUCCAUCACCAUCACGUGAAUCAUCAUCUCCACCACCACCACCAUCAUCAUCACCACCACCAUCAUCACGGCAGUGAGGCGGGUGGCAACGGGGAGUCGAAGGAGAACAACACGAGCGGGAGCGGCUCGAUCCUGUCGUACCCGCCGUCGCCGGUGCCCCACCCGAACAGUGGCACCGCUGCCCUGAUGCCGUCGGUUCAGCUGAAUAGUACAAAUCUAAAGUUUAUUUAUCACGCGAAGGGAGGCAGCGGCAGCAACAGUUCGUCCUCCGGCCACGGCGAUGUCGGCGGCGGUGGUGGCGGCGGCAGCGGUGGAGGGACGCUGCAGUUUACGCCGCUGAGGAAGAUAUUCGACUCGAGCCACACGGCUCCGCUCCUGCUGUCGAUGUACAGCAGCAGCAACGGUGGUGGUGGCAGCACCGGGACCAUCAACACGGCGGCCAGUGCCACGCCGAGCCGGAUCACGAUCAAGCUGACCGAGUGUAUGGAUUUAGCGCGCAAGAACGGACUGUGCGAUCCGUACGCGGUGGUCGUGGCGCACUACGCGAACAAGAAGAUGGUCACCAAGCGGACGAAGCCACGCAAGAAGACGAUCAACCCGUCGUUCGACGAAACGUUCUCCUUCGACCUGUGCAUCGAUGCGUGCUCCGGUAGCGGCGGUGGCGGAGCGGGCAGUGGCGGUGACACGUCGUCGAAGAGUGACGCGGGCCACAUGUACACGGUGGUACCGCUCGGAGGGGCCGACCUGUGCGAGGUGGUCAUCACGUUCAAGCACGCCAGCCCGGGCAUGGCGGACGACGUGUUCCUUGGCGAGAUUCGGUUGCCGGUGCGCGGGAAGCAGCAACAGAGCGCCCUCCAGCCGAGCGCCUGGUACUUUCUGCAACCGCGCACCAGCCAAUCGCGACCGAUGCGCACGUGCGCGACGCCGCCCGGCACGCGCCUGUCCUGCGACAACUCGCUCGGGUCGUUGCGCCUCAAGCUGCACUACACCGCCGACCACGUGUUUCCGCUCGCGACCUACGACCAGCUGUACAAUGUGCUGCUGCAGUCGAUCGACCACCGGCCGAUCACGGCCAGCGCGGUCCACAUACUGGGCGAGAUUAGCCAGAACAAGACGGAGGUGGCCCAGCCGCUGGUGCGGCUCUUCACGCACACCGCCGUCAUCGGGCCGAUGAUUCGGGCGCUGGCGGACCACGAAAUCUCGAAGCUGACCGACCCGACGACCAUCUUCCGCGGCAACACGCUCGUGUCGAAGAUGAUGGACGAGGCGAUGCGGCUGUCCGGGCUCCACUACCUGCACGCGACCCUGCGCCCGAUCGUGGAGGAGAUCUUUGCCGAGAAGAAGCCGUGCGAAAUCGAUCCGACGCGCGUCAAGGAUACGGGCGCGAUCGAGGGCAACCUGCACAACCUGCAGGACUACGUUAGGAAGGUGUUCGAGGCGAUCACGCGCAGUGCCCCCAAGUGUCCGGCGAUCCUGUGUGAGAUCUUUCACGAUCUGCGCGAGUGCGCGGCCCGCUACUUCCCGGCCAACAAGGAAGUCCGCUACUCGGUCGUUUCCGGCUUCAUCUUCCUGCGCUUCUUCGCACCGGCCAUCCUCGGGCCGAAGCUGUUCGAUCUGACAACCGAACCGGUGGACGAACAGACGACUCGUACACUGACGCUGAUCUCGAAAACGAUCCAAUCGUUGGGCAACCUGGUCAGCUCGCGCUCGGCGCAGCAACCGUGCAAGGAAAAGUACACCGAACAACUGUACAAGCAGUUCUGCACCGAGCAUCACGUGGAGGCGAUCAAGCACUUCCUGGAGGUGAUCUCCACGGUGGGCGGUUCGACGACGAACGGCGGUGCGCGGGAACCGGCCACACUCGAACCGGUGGUGCUGAAGGAAGGGAUGGUGACGAAACACGCCCAAGGACGCAAACGGUUCGGUCGGCGGAACUUCAAGCAGCGCUACUUCCGGUUAACGACGCACUCGCUCAGCUACGCUAAAGCCAAGGGGAAGCGAAACAUCUGUGAUAUACCGUUGGCUGAGAUAUUGGCCGUCGAGCGGCUUUACGAGCGGAGCUUCAAGAUGCAGAACAUCUUUCAGAUCGUAAGGAAAGACCAGCGGCCACUCUUUGUACAGACGGCAAACUGUGUGGAGGAGAACGAAUGGAUCGAUCUGCUGAGUAAAAUCUGUCAAAGCAACAAGGCCCGCCUGGACAGCUUCCAUCCCCAGGCGUACAUCAACGGGGUGUGGACUUGUUGCAACGAAGGCGACCAGUACGCUCCCGGCUGUGCGCCGGUGUCGCCCAAUCCGCUCCAAAUGGAGCUAGCAUCCGCCCUUGAUCCGGCCCGCGACCUUCAGCGGCUGCACUCGCUAAUACUCGCCAACUUCAAGAACAUCGAGGUGCUGGACCCAGCGCUGAACGGUACGGUGUGCGAAGACCCGGCGGCUGCCCGCCGCACGGUCAAGAAGCUGAACGAGAUCGCCGAAAACCUCGAGGGUAUCCAUCGGCGCUACAAGCUGAUGGUGGAGCGCGACUUUCGAUACGGCAGCCGCCAGGCACCGAUUGGAGACGACAACUAUUUGCACAUGUCGCGCGUCGGCUUCACCGCCAUCGCCAUGGCGGCCGCUGCGAGUGCUUCCAGUGGCACCGGCACUACGAACGGCGCCGCCAUUCACCUAACGUCACUCGCCAACAGCAACGCCACGAACGGUGGCGGUGGCAGCGGCGGUUCGUCCGUGGCCAAUGGUAACGCCACGGUGACGACGAUCAGCGUAAGUGCACCACCGUCGCACUACGACAACGGAGUGGCACACUUUUACCCACACCGAAACCAUCUGAUGCGCAGCGCCGAACCCGAUCCCGUGACGCAGUGCUAGACGAAUGCGCGGGACAAUCAUUUCCGACUUAAGCUCCGACACUUCCAAAACUCCACAUUUAGGAAGGUUUAAUUUAUUUAUUUUUGAUCCCUCUCCCCGCACCACCCGUCCCCGCUUCACCUUCUUCUUCUUUGUUUCCGCAUACCGG